AUGCACAACCCGCAGGUCUAUGCAUUGGGUAUCCAGCCAACACUUCCCCUUCUAUUCACUUUCAAAACAAACCCAUCCUUGACUAUGGUUUACUCUGAGAACAUCUCUAAGGAGCUCCGGGCUCCAAGUCUUUUCAUUUCUCAUGGUACUGGGCCAAUGCCUCUCUUGAAUCUUGAUCACGAGUCAUACAGACAACUUCUUCACGGUCACGGCAAAUUACUUGAUGGUGUCAAGGCCAUUAUCCUAAUCUCGGCGCACUGGGAAACUGAUGAGCCACAUAUCACAUCAGCUAGUGAGGCCUUGGCAGGCUUCCGGGACAGAGGUUAUGCUAUAUGCGGGAGUGGGGGCUCUUACCACGACUUUGACGCCGUUGCGAAAGCCGUUUUCGAGAAUCAACGAGUUCCUCCGAGCGCAGGUGCAUUUGAGAAGUUUCUUGAAGCCUCUGCAGCCGUUUCGGACGCUGCAGAGAGAAGACGCCUACUGCUAGGCUGGCGAGAUUUACCGGAGAGUUUCUUAGCUCAUAAGAGGGGAGAAUCGGAUCAUUUUAUGCCCUUUCUAGUUGCAGCUGCCAGUGGAGGAAAUCAGAGCGGCGAGCGGUACGAUAUGUAUUAUUACAAAGGUGCUCCGAUGAGUUUCUACAGGUGGUGA